AUCUCAUUUCCCUUAAUAGGGAUUGAUGCUAAGUAAAGGUUGGGAAAAAGCUUGUCAUGAAAGAAUAAAUAACAACGGCGUUUAAACACAAUCUGACUUUUUAUUCAUAAUAAAAGUGUUCAUUCGUGUUAAUAGUUUUUGUAAUUAAUUUGGCACAAACUAACUUAAAAAAUACAAAAUUCGUGUUAAUAAUAAACCUUUCAUAAUUUACGGAAAAUUCCUCUGUUAACAUUUAAUUGCGCAUUUAUAAUCAGUAAAAAAUGUCCAUUUGCUUCCGUUGUGCAAUAGCUUAAUUAAGUAGUCAACAAUUUUUAACUAAUGUGUUAAAUCGAUAUGAACCCCAUUGUGAUUUAUGUAUGUCUCGUAACAUUUUGACUAUAUUUUCCUUGUGUUACAGAAUAUACAUAAAACUAUAAUAUGUAAGCAAUAAGAUUAUUUUUUUUUCAACAUUUGAAUAAUUUACAAAUUCGCGACUAUAAAUAGCUUGAGGAUACUGACAGUUGUUUUUAUUGAAUGAUUUAUGAUUUGUUUAGCGUAACUAAGCGGACAUACAUGUAGUGAUCAAAGAAGGAGAAUGAUUAACCAUACUUUAACAUCAUAAUAUGUUAUAAAACUUAAAUAUAGACCAAGUAUAUUCCAAUAUUUUAUUCUUAAUCAUAAAUCAAUUUUACAUUCUGUGGUAGAUAACUAUGUGAGAGGGAAAUUGGAGUUGUAUCGUGCGUGGAUAUAAGGAGUACCGAGGAAAUGUUACGGAAAAGAGAUGAAAACGGAAAAUGUGAAUGUUAAUCAUAUAGACGUAAUCCACGUUGUUACAAAGCAUUGCAAAUGCAUACGUUAAAGUGAUGAAAGAAGAUAGAGACCGGAAACAGAAGUACCUAGAAGACAACAAACUUCGUUUGAUGAGCGUUUCAGAUCAAUCUUUCUGGGAAGCAAAGCCUGCAGCACGUUUAAAACGAACAAACCCUGACAUAACAACAGAUAUAAAAGUUGCUGAAAUGGCUCCUAUUAGGGACUGGAUGUACGAUAAAGAUCCUCUUAGCACCAGCAGUUUUUUAAGGAACGGAGUACGCUAUAGGAACGGUCGACUUGUUGUACCAGUUGAUGGAACAUACUUUCUAUAUUCAUUAAUUGAUUUCUUUGAACCUUGUGAUCAUUCAACUGGAAAACCAAGCAUUGAAGACUUGAAGAAACCUAUAAAGCAUGCUCUGUUUAAAUUCAAUAUUGAUACAGCAGAAUCUGAGAUAACUUCAAACAUUCAACCUCAUCAUAUCUCAAAGAACAAAUUUUAUAACUCAUAUAGUAGCUAUGUAUCUACUAUUGUAAGUCUAAAAGCAGGUGAUGAAAUUUCAGUUAAAGUUAGUAAUAUAACGUACCUGCAAUACACAAAAGAUAAUUCUUUUGGACUUUACCUGAUAUGAAUUCAGAGAACCAUGUCCCAAAUUGUGCUUAGAAUUUUGCAUUAGUUAAACAGUUAAACAAUUAUUCAACAAUUAAAUUUUCUGAAUAUCUGUUAGUGUAAGUGCGAGGCAGUAUAGUAGGUUUGAUCGUAGGCAGGUUAACAGUAAUUAUAAAUCGUAUUGUAAUUGAUUAUAAAUUAUUCAAGCUACUGUUUUGAUAAGUAAGCGUGUUUAAUUCCAUGUACUUAUUUUAUAUAGUUAUCACCAAUGACGUAAUCGCACUUUACUUUCAAGGUAUCCGUUUUAAUUGCAUUUUUGGACUAUUGCUGAUACGUUACUAGGGAGGACCGACUGCAGCUAAAUUAUUGAUUAUUAAUUAUUUAGUUCCAAUUUCGACAAUUUUUUAUGCUUGGGCUUGAUUUUAGGUACAAAAUGCCCAGAUGUUUGAUUGAACAGCGGAGGAAUUACCCCGUUCAAUUGAGUGGUUAAUUGAUAAGAGCCGUCUACUGCAUUACGUGUAAAAGUUAUUAAACUUUCCUUCAUUUUAUCUCAUGUUUUCAAUAAAUAUGUGGAAAAAAUAAUUCGUCGGAAGCAUUAGAAACAGCAAAAUUUUAUGAAAAUUGCAGACCCUGUGUCAUUGAAUAUGUACAUGAGGGAAAAUGGUAAAGUGCAACAUUCCUCAUGCCCGCAGUACUCAAUUCUCUACAUUCAAAAUGCUGGACUCAAUGAUUCCGAAGGACCAGAAAAAUAUAACAACACUGAAGUAAAAUCAAACUUUGCCUAGCCCCAGCGUACCUGAGUGAUAACUUAAGUCCUCAAAUACUGUCCAUUGUCAUUUUGGCAGGAGUCAUGCAUGGACAUUUUCUUUAAUGAAAUAGUUCGUGUAAAACAUUUUAGAUAGAUAUGUCUAGAAACUGAGAGUAACUAAUAUAUUUAUCAAAACACACAAGUACUUAACUAUCUGUGAUAUAAGUGCUUUGUUUUGAUUGUUCCUAUAAUGGCAUAAAAUCUGUUGUGGAUUGUAUAUGAUAGUAUCAACAAAAUACCAAGUAUAUGCGAUGUGUUGUGUGUGAUACUAUUCUUUUUGAGAUUUUCUGCGAUAUUUUGCAUCUGUGAUAUUUUGCAUCAAGUAAUAUCAUUGGCUCUCUAUGUCAUGCCAACCACACUCAGGGACCGCAAUGAAAUAAGGGUUUUGUUGGUAUGCAUGCCAUGGUUAUGGUUAAUUAUUCAUUAAACUAAAAUUCUAUGUUAAAUUACGUGUACUUCUGUUACAGAAAAUAAACUUGAUUAACCUUUUA